UUCAUGUUUUAUUUGUAACGAGUGAUUAGAUGGGGCUGCACAUUGUGCGUGUGUUGCGCCAGGGAAUCUGGGCAUCCCUAACUGGCGGGUGGUACUUCGAGCCAGAACAGCACAUCCUGUCCAACACUCUCCAGAUGUACUUCUGGCUGUUUCUUCUCUUCUUCCCUUUUGCUCUCUACUUGACGACAGAGACGAAUGAUGCAAAUGUGACAGCAGUUGUUUACACAGCUGUGAUUGGAUUAGUCUUCAUUGCUGUCCUUUUCAUUUGUCACUAUCUGAACAAACUCUUUGACACGUCCGAGACAGUCGAAGAAAAUGAAAACGAUGAUGAAGAUCAAACAGUAAACAAUACUGACGACGAAGAAGCGAAAGAGCAAAACGAUCAGCCUUCAACAUCGAAGAAAGUGAGUAUCGACGAUCAGGAUGAAAUCACGAAGUCUGUUGCCGACUUGAUGGCUCUCAGUGCUAUGGAUCGACAACGUCUAAGAUUCUACUCGCAGUCACAAGAAUCAUUUGGCGCUCUGAGUGCACAAGUAGCGUCCGGAUCUCAAUUAAAAGUAGUAGAAGUAGGCGAGGUAAUAGAGCCAGAUAAUUGUAUUAAAGCAAUAGGAGAUAGCAGUCAAGCGUUGGAAGAGGAGAAAAAUGAUUUGGAGUCCACAUAUUGGAAAGACUUGAUGUGGCAGCCUCAUGAUCCGAGAGUUGCCCCUGGAAACCAUGGACCUCAUCUGAGAGCAAGGAGGCCUCCAGACGUCGGAUUAAGAGCGGAGUCUUUUCAGACUCGAUCCUCGUUUCACAUUCCUGAAGACUACGAACGCUCAGGUGAUGCAGGAAAGAAAGUAUACAGUGCCAAUGAUAUGAAAGUGCAAAGUACAGGCGACAUGAAAGACAUCAUAAGAGAAGGAAAAUCUCUGCUAAGUACGGAUUCGGAGAGCUUCGAAGUUGAGAGAAACCGAACAGACACUUCUGAAAGUCUCUUGACGUCAACAAGUCGAAAAGUGGAACCAAAGAAAGACUUCUCGAAGAUAAUGUCGGAACCGCAACUUACCGAUGAUCAUAAAACUCCGUCAAAUCAACCAGUAAAACCGAAGAGAGUUCGACUCAAAAUCGACGACAAAGUUCUGUCUGAUAAUGAUGCAGUGAUGACAAGCAGACCUGCUGUCUUGGCGUGUCAGCCUCACAGUCGUUCCUCAGAUUUGCCGACUUCAUCUUUUGAGCUCGACCAUCAGCUUAUUAUUCAAGAAGUGGAAGAGGAAAUAGAUGCACCGUCUCCGUUGAUUCAGGCCAAGAAAAUCUCAGACUGCACCGUCGUUUCGGAGUCUGACAGUCUGGGUACUAGUGGAGCACUGGGACUCAAAUGCGCGUCAUCGUCUAGUUUUAGUUCGGCUGAUGAUAAAUCUCCGAAGGUGUCCUUGAGAGAAACCUAUGCGGAAGAUCCGGGAAUUCAGAAACAGUCAUCGGGGUCCCCUGUCGUUUAUAUACCCGAAACUCUGGUUAACAGCUUGCCUCCAGAGAAAGCAAGGCAGUUUUUGGACGAAAAUGACCAGCAAGGACCCUCGACUUCAGACGCCGUGGCAAUAUCAACUAGACGAAGCUCGCGACCUCGUGCUGUUAACACGAGUAAGUUUCUCAACGUCAUGACAGAUGGUCGGCUAGAUGUGAAUUCGGCAGUUAUGAACGAUCACAACGAUACAACUCCUGGAUCUGUGCAUUAUUUUGAGGACGAAGCAGGCAAUUGGGUGAUGUACCAAUUCGCCGAAACUCCUGAGAGCCAGGUGAAUGAGUCCGAAAAAGAGCGAUCAUCAACGGAAGUGUUGUCAUCCAACGAGCUUCAAGAAAGUGACUAUGAUAUGCCAUCGGCCUCAGCGGGAAUACGUUUCAGAGGGCCUUUCGCUCAAAAUCCUGAAAUACGGGAAGCUUCUUUACCUUCGGUUUACUCUGAGUUUUCGGAACCCGAAGAAAGUGGGUCUCAAUUUGUGUCAAUGCAAAAUUUCGGCGCGACCAGGAGAGGAUUCAGAAAUAUUCUCCGAGUUCAAAGUAAUUAUUCGGACUCAGAUGCAGUCGAUUUGGAUGCCAUUCGAAGACCACUCGCCGAAAUGGGUUUAAUUGACGCACUGAAUACUUCUUCGGCCAUUCGCGAGUUUCUAAUGGAAAGGGCGCCAAGAGUAAACCAUAUUACAAGCACUGCCCAAACGAAACCGAAAUACAGACUUUUCAUCAGCAAAGCCAAGUCGCUUUCAAUGGUCGUUAAUUUCAACCGGCAACAGUUAUCGACACUUUUAGACGUCCGACAACAUUGGAUUGAAAAUUUCAUAACAGUUCUUCUUGCAAUGAUGGUCGCUUUUUUGGGAUUCAAGUUGAUUUCCAGUGAAAUUUAUCACGAUUUACUGCUGUUCGCAUUAUGUUUUGUGAUUGCUAGUGCGCAGUAUUCGUUAGUCAAAAGUGUUCAACCUGACGCUGCUUCGCCAAUGCACGGGUACAAUCGGGUAAUAGUUUUCAGUAGGGCUCUUUACUUUUGUUUGUUCGCUGGUAUACUACUGGCUGUUCGCUCUUACCUCCCAUGUAACCCAAAUUCAGCAGCUAAUUUUUCUCUCUAUUCAAUGCAGUUCAAUUCUUGUCUCUCGUUGGAAACCGCUGAUUUUCUGCUUACUUGGCUGAUUGUCCUUCUGCCUAUUAUUUUUCUCUUCGGCUUACUGCCCCAAUGCACGACUUUUGUUCUAUUUUCGCUUGAACAAAUUGAUGUUCACAUCUUGGGGGGAACUGCCAAAUCAAGCUUGAUAAGUUCAGUUUUCAGUUUUAUUUCGAGUUCUGUGACAGUUACGUUGCUCUCGUUCCUAGCAAUGUGGGCAAUUGAUCACGUGAAAAAGGACAACCCUUUUUUGUUCUCAUUUUACUGUUCUAUGUUACCGCCUGUCAGUUACUUUUUGUCCCGAAUUCCAAGCGACCCGACUUUUUUCGCCGACUUGUUUCGGCAAAGGUCCAAAGGGGCGCCCGAAAGCGAAUCCCAAGAAUUGCCAAGAACCCUGAAACGAAUAUUUGCACAAAGACUGCAGAACUCAGUUUUCAUUUGCCCAGUUUUGUUCAUAUUUUUCUUUGCGCUUCAUAUUUCGAAAAUCUUCUGCGAGCCAAUAAUGAAUGCUGAUGUUUUGAAUAUAUUAAUGUUUAUUGCAGGCGCGAUUGGUUACUUGACUAGCUAUUUUCUUCCCCAAUUAAGAAAAAGACUGCCGUGGUUAUACUUUGACAAACCAUUCUUACCACUGAAAGCAGAACUGAACAGAAAUUCAGAUUUUUCUCUCCAACAAGCCAAAGUCAUGAUUCACGAAUACGUUCAAAUUUGGGUCCAAAUUUUGGAAAAAUAUCUUCUUAAUACUAGUGUCAUAAUUGCUAUUACAACUAAAGGUUUGCCGCAGUUAACAGAAAGUUACGGAUUGGUGUUCGGAAGUUUUCUUGGAACUGUUUUCGCUUUGAAGUUGAUGAGAUUCAAUUAUUGCGCGUUAAGCCGAAUGUAUCAAGUAAUUCUUCUUGGGGCCAUACUUUUCGGCCAUGAUUUGAAAAAGUACAGCGAGGUUCCAUUAAUGGACUUUUUCGUGGUCACGCUAAUAAUUCCCAAAGGAAUUGAAGUUUUUAAGAAGUUGCAAUUUGUGUUCACUUACGUAGCACCUUGGCAAAUACCGUGGGGGUCUACUUUUCACGCUUUCGCACAGCCAGUUAGUAUCCCACACUCUGGUCUUCUGUUCACGCAAGCAUUUAUUUCUUCACUCCUAAGCGCACCUUUAAGUCCUUUUAUGGGCAGCGCCAUGUUCAUUAUGUCUUAUCCCCGUCCGAUCAAAUUCUGGGAAAAGGAUUACAAAACGAAACGCCAGGAUGUGACUAAUAGGAGACUGGCAUUGCAUUUGGAUCCCUCGCCGGUGGGCGAUGAAGAUGAUAGUUUGAACUCAAUCUACUACGAGCACUUGGCGAGAUCUUUGCAAAUUUAUCUAGCAGGUGACAUCGCGUUCGGACGUUGGGGAAAUGUAGAGCAGGGGAACUUCUACCUAAUGGCUUCUGAGAGCUUAAACUGUUUGGUGCAUAUAGUCGAAGUUGGCAAUGGGUUUGUGACAUUCCAAGUUCGAGGCCUCGAGUUUCGAGGCACUUACUGUCACCAACGGGAGGUCGAUGCCAUUAAUGAAGAACCCAGUCGCGAUCAAGGUUUCUGUUGCUGCACCGUCAAAAAAGUACCAGGAUUGCUAUCUCUAAACGAAGCUUUCAGUCAAAGAUGGCUAGCCUGGGAAGUUCUCACAAACUCGUACAUCAUUGAUGGCUAUGAUAUUACGCAACUCAACUCAGCUCAACAUAACUUUGCAAGUUACGAGCAGAAAUCAACGCAUUCGAAGUUAUACGUGCAGAGUGUUAUUUUCUUGUUGGUUAGAUGUAAAAAACUGGAUACUUGGCUCAAAGAUGACUCAAUAAUAGCGGCAUUGCAUGAAAAUGGGUACAGUAGCGCUGAAAGUCUGCCAGUUUUGGAUCCGGCUUUCGACUCGAAACAUCAUCACGACUAUGAUCCACAAUCUAGCGGAAUAACAAGAGAGAAGUUUUGUAGUAUUUAUCUACCUUGGAUUAAACACUGCGCAUCUCAACAGAAAAAUAUAAUUGAUAUCAUAAUUGAAGAGAGUGACUUGGUAUCUCUAUGCUUUGCUUUGGCCAUAUAUGCUCGAAGGGCGCUUCUUGAUGCGUGUAACCAUCAUUAUGAGUUUUACCUUUUCGGAAUCCAUGCUCUCUUUAAAGGCGCAUUUUCGCCGAGUUCUGCUAAAGAUCAGUGGCUUUUUACGGAUCUAGACUUAGUUGAUUUAGUUGUAAAACCUGCGAUCAGAAUGUCAAUACGUCUUCAUUUGGAUAAUUUUAUAUCGCCUGAUUUUCUGUCGCCGCUUGAAAGAUUGUAUGCGAUAAUUGACGAGUAUGAAAAAAUAGCUGUUUUCGCGCACGAAAGUGACCCGAAAUGGCGGGAAGCAGUUUUGAACAACACGGAAAAGCUAUUGACGCUCCGUCAUGUUGUAAACGAAAGUUGUGAAUCCUACAGAAUUAUUACCUUGCAUAAAAAGUUUCUGAGUUUCAAAAUUGUGAAGCUAAAUCAGGAAUGUGUACGCGGUUUAUGGGCGGGUCAACAACAGGAGCUGAUAUUCUUACGUAAUAGCAACUCGGAACGAGGAAGUAUUCAAAACGCCAGACAGGCAUUACGUAAUAUCAUCAACUCCUCGUGUGAUCAACCGAUUGGCUAUCCGAUUUAUGUUUCGCCCCUGAUAACUUCAUUUAUUGAUUCGAACAAAUCGGUGCCUAGAUUUAUAGGGCGAUCUUUGCAAUUUCCAGCGUUUAAAGACAUCUUCUUAUCUGGCUGGAGAUCUCUCGUGGAAAGAUGUUUAGACGGAUGCACUUCAGGAAGAUACAGCGGAGCCCAAAAUACCCAACAAGAUACCCAAGGUCAAAAUACAAGCACACCAUUCGAUCCACAGACGUUCAUUGCUAUGACAAAACAAGCGCAUCAUAGCCGUUCAGACUCUUUGGGCUUCAAAGAUACGUCACUAAGUAAUGUAAAUGUGUCGGUUCCUCAAACGCAAGUCGCUGCUUCAAUGGACCGCCCGGUUUUUGUAUCAGCAACGUCGUUAACAAACGAAGAAACAACCCUAUAGCAUACUUGUACUAGUUUUUCUAUCUGUGACUUAAUUUUCUGUUAGAUGUAAUACUUAGACGAAAAUAUAUAUUUAUG